AUGCAAUUAUCUGAUGUGAAAACUCUGAAUGGCUCCAAUUUUGAUGAUUGGAAAGAGUCUCUGAGCAUGUACCUACCAAUAGCCCAACUGGAUUUAGCCUUAAGGGUUGAUGCACCUGCUGAACUUACUAAUGAAUCCACUGUUAUUGAAAAGACUUAUCAUGAGAAGUGGCAAAAUUCUAAUAGGGUUUGCUUAAUGGUGAUAAAGUAUAAUAUAGAUAAGUCCAUAAGACAAGGUAUUCCUGAUAAGGAGAGUGCAAAGGAAUUUCUACAGACUGUUGCUGAAAAGUUUAAAAAGUUUGUUAAGGCUCAAAAGAGUCAUUAUCUUUAUUUGCUAGAGCACAGCCAAUAUGAUGGUGUCAGUGGUGUACGAAAACAGAUCAUGACACUUAUAAGUUAUUUCAACAAGCUCAAGUAUUUUGAUCUUGAUUUAAGAGAAAGUUUUCUGGUCUGGUUCAUUCUUGAAUCUCUUCCACCCCAACUCAAAAUUCUCAAGACUUCAUACAACUUCCAACAAGGAGAGUGGACAGUUGAUCAGUUGAUAGUCAUUGUGUGCCAAGAAGAUGAAUCUAUGAGGAAAGGGAAUACUCCUUCUGUUAAUUAUGUUUUUUAA